AUGCCUACUGGCUCCAGCCCAACUCCAGGACGCCCUGUAUCAACCUCAUCGUCACUGAUGUUUGAUUUCGGUAUGGAGAGUUCGCUCAUGAGCGAGGGCGAUGGUGGCUUUGCUGACUCGCUCCUGUCAUCUUUUGGACUUUCAAUGGACCGUCCAUUGUCAUUACCACCAUCAGCAAACCCCACUACUGCAUCAUCCAUAUCACCAGAAAUCACUAGAGCUUCAACGACCACUCUGCAAUCUGCCCCUACUUUGACCGCCACUUCUAGUACUGGUCGCUCGUCGAUCCUCCAACUUUCCUUCCCGCAGGCUAAUGGCUUUUCAACCUCUCAUUCUAGCAGCAGUAUCGAUUACCUGCAACGACCAUUUAGCAACGCUAGUAGCAUCAAUUCUGCAUCGGCAAAUGCAUCCACUACCAAUGCAUUGUCGCAUUCAGCCACGAAAUCUCCCACUCUCGCUACCCGUAGGUCGCUCCCUACUUCGUCACCACCUCAGCCUAAAUCAAUUCUACCACAUUCAGCAAGCAAGACGACUCUCACUGAUAUAACUGGAAGCAACAGAAAAUCAGUGGGUGCUAGAUCGGGAUCGCUGACUGCUGCUUUUUCCUACCCCAACCAAUCCACAAACCAAUCACAAGCCCCCAAGGGGUCAAUAGAAGCGCAGCUGCAUGAACAAGCCCAACAAUCAUCGCAUCUUGCACAAUCUAGCCAGAACCCAAUCAAGUCACCAGUAUCUCCUACUCCUCCACAAGGCAGAACUUCUCCUUCUUUGACUCGUCAGCGUGUUCACUCCCAUGACACAGUAUUUUCCGGUAAUGCUUCCCCAUCCACUGCCGCCCCAAUUGCACCCUCGUCACCAUCCAACCGAUUCUCGGCAUCAUUUGCUAGUCGUUCGUCUGCUGUAUCUGCAUUCACUGCUAUCAUUGACAGCCGUCGCACUUCUGCUGUCAAAGACACUGCUGUUGCAAUGGAUUUUGAAAAAAUGCUCAAUACAAAGGAAACAAAAAAGCUCACAUCAACUCCUGAGCGUAUGCGCCACAUUGAGAUUAAAAAAAUACAGGACAUCCGAUUGGUGGCUAAAGAUGCUGCAGGACACAAGGAUGAAGGCAUUAAUACACUACUACGUGACGGUAAAUCCAAGGUGAAUGAUACAGACAGUGUCAUAGGCGACGAUGCACUGGGCGAUGAACCCAAGCCCAAAAAAAAUGAAACUUACUGGGAGUUUCUGCGCAAUACUGGUCCCGAAGAACAGGCCGGACCCAAGUAUUUCCCUCCAAAACCCACUACAUCUUCAACCAAGCCACUCAUGCAGCAGCUUGCAAGUCCACCAUCAAGUCCAUCAACGAUAACUAAUCUAAUCCCUGGUCCUUCUGCACAACCUAUUCAGCGCAUGACUUCCCUCAAAGAAAUGGAUUUGGAUGACGAUGCCGAAUUUUUGAUGGAAGGCCAGAAGCGCAAAAACAUCAAGGACAUGUCUUUGUCAGAAUUUUUGAAAUCAGAUCCACCCGCAUCCCGCUCCUCAUCAACUACUCCGGCACCACUUGUCAAAAAAACAAGCGGGUUCCGAUUGUUUCGAAAUUCAAAAUCCAGUUUACAAUCUAAUUCCAGCUCUCAACUUGAACUUGGCACAGCAUCGUUGUCAGAUAAACAAUCCAAUAGUGGUAGUAUGCCUCGUCUUAUACCAGUUUCUGUAACCAAAGAUAUUGUCAAACCGAGCAGUUCUAUCAAAAAUCCAAGUAUAGCCAACAGCGCUGUAAGUGGCCAAAAUAACACUUCCAGCACCUCACAUAUUGCUAGCUCACCACUAUCUGCAACUUCGCUGUCUACCACUACAGCUGGAAAACGAAACUCGCGUCUGUCUUUGCUUGCCCCAGAAUCGCUCAAGGAUAUUGAGUCGCACCAUUCGUCAGAUGCAAACUCAUCCACUGGAUCUGAUAACUUGACAGAUCGUUGGGAUUCUCAAGCUCUUAAUACCAGUCUGUCUAUGCAUCAGGUCGCCCUUGGUCUUGGUGAGCUGGACAAGGACUUUGCCAGUGUUUUGGGAGAUUUUAACGACUGGUCCAAUUUUGGUUCGUCUUCUACCAAAAACCACGGUUUACUGCCUUACAUGACCGCACCUGGUCAACCCUAUCAUACCUCGGACGCUAUUGCAUCAAAAUCUAUUGCGCUAGACACUUCAAACAUUUUGUCAGAACCUUCCUUUAUUCCAGCUAGAUUCUUGGUUUCUGUAGCUACUGAAACUCAUGCGUCACAGACUGAUGGGCCAUCAAACCCAUCUGUUAUAGAUACUGCAGUACAGACCGAUUUUGUCGAACCCUCAAAGGCGAUCGUUUCUUCCAAAAUAGUCAAGCAUGACACUUCAGAUGUAUCGAUUCAAACUACUACAGUAGAAAAGAAAACUGUAUCUACAUCUCCACAUGUGCCUGUUGCCAAGUUGCUAUUUCUUCAGCACUCACAAGAUAUUGAAGUUGUUGAUUUGCCAGAAACCAAGGAAACUGUUUCAUUGUCAAAAUCUGCUCAAACAGAAUCUAUCAAUCCAGGCACUGUGUCCGCAGUGAUUCACAAGAUAUGUUCAGAGUGCACUGAUGAUAAAAUUCAUGAUCGUACCCUCAAUGCUCAAGCUCGAUCACUCUCCCAACAAGCCAUUUAUGACGCAAUCGCCUUGGUUUCCAAGGAGCGUUAUAUUGAGCAGCAUGGUUCUAUAAAUGCAGAAACUCAAUAUGAUCUUGAACAAGAUGCACCCGAGGCAUUCAAAGGACUCCCACCACCGCCUACUGUUGAAAACCCCAUCAACAUGGCUCUUGUAGAUGAAAAUCUGAAACAUCAGCAAGAAAUUGCAGCAUUGAAACUUGCAUUGGCAUCUGAGCGAUCCAAGAGCCAACAUAUGCUAAUACUCAAAGAAGCAUCCGAAGCCAGAUUUGAGCAACUGGCUCGUGUUGCUCAUCGCAAACUUCUCAAUGCAGUUAGUGAUAAACAGAAACUAUUGGAUCAGCAAAAAGAAAAGGCCAAGCGUGAACAAGAGAAAAAAGAUGCUUCGGUUAAAGAACUCAAGCGACAGCGUGAUAUGGAAAAAAAGAUUCAGCAAGAGGAGCUUACUCAGAAAAACGAGCAAGCUUUAAAAGAGCAGCAGGAUCAAAAGCGAACUCAGCAGCAGUUGAAUUUUCAGCAACAACAGCAACUUAAAUUACAUAAAGAGCAAGUGGAACAACCAGAUUUCAAAUCGGUUCCAAAGAUACAGCAGGAGCAACUACCUCAACAACAAUCAGAGCAGCAAGUAUCCACUAAACUGCUUGGAUCAGAAGAAACACCACUGCUAAGUGAGGUUGUGGAAAGCGAUUCCAACACUAGUAUUGCUUAACGAUGACAUUGAAGCGCGUACAACUUGAUUCUAUUUCCACAUACACCAGCUAGCAUAUGAACAAGAGUUUAGUUGCUGCCAUUUUUCGAGGUCCAGUGAGCAUGGUCAACUAAUUAUAUACUUUUUUUAUCAGUGCCAACUUCGAAAAAGUAAAUUUGUUUAGUUUAUUUCUCCAUACCUCCCAACGAGAUCCCCUCUAGAACUCACUAUUUACUGGAUUACAUUACUUUUAGGUCAAUACCAUACUAUUUUGU